UUCUGGUACAUGUGGGUGUGGUACGACCACAGAAGCCAAGCCAAAUGAGAAGAAGCCGUGGCACUUUGAUAUAUCAUAAGCUGUCCGGCAAGCUCUCGUCAGCCUUCUAGUUUGCGUUUUAUAUUCUCAUUUCGAGUGAUGAUGGUGAGGAAACCAAACCAUCAUCUUAAAAUUUCAAUCUUCAAAUUCAUUUGUUCUGAGAAAAAGAAGAGCGCACUUCUUGGCAUAAAACCAACGUGAAAAAACUGCCAUUUCUAGGCAAAUGGAGUUGUUUUAUCAAAUUCAAACCCACUAACCUCUUCUCAAUCCCACGAGCUUUCUUUCUCUCUCUUUCUUCGCUUUCAGUGUCCUCUCUGCAGCUUCAUGGCUAGUUUUCAGGCCUGAUGGUGGAAUGACUGGUAUAGUGGGGUCUAACCUUUAAUGAGCCAAAAGUAUAGAAAAAGAUAGCCCACUAAGGAAAAAAGAGGAAACAAGAGAAACAGUGUUACCGAUCAUUCGCCAUUCACACCCUUCAUUACUUCUUUUGUUUUCAUGUUGGGGUUUUAACGUAUGUUUUUGGGGUUCUGCAAGUGGGUCUUGUCUGCCUCCAGAGCUUCGAAUUUGAUGAACUUUAUUUUUUUGUUUGUUUUUCCGAUGAUGAUAAUCCACUAGUAUUUAUUUGUUUUAGUUGAAAUACCGCUCUUACUGUAUUAUAUACAGGACAUCCUAAAAAGGAAAAGCAAAAAGAGAUUUAAGGAGAACAGAACCCGAAGAAAGAAAAGGGCAAAACAAAAAAUACAAAACCUUGGUCUGUUACUGUGCCUGGUGCAUGCACGUCUGGUCUCUUGAUCAUGACUCGUGAGGGUCUCUUUGCAUGUCGGUUCUGUGAUCUCAGUGAUUCUUGUUGAGGAUUUGAGAGGGAGAUUGCGAGAAAGACGGGGGAAAAGUGUGUCCUUUGGUUUUUCUUUUUCUUCUUCCCUUUGGUUUCUCGCCUGUGCUUAGAAAUGGAGCUUAGAACGCUAUAGCACGAAGAGAGAGGGAGGUACUUCGUGGAUCCUAUUGUUGUCUUUCUCAUUUCUGGGUUUAAUAAAGAUGCUGGUUUUAACUGUACUAGCACCACUCUUUUGCCUCUCUUUUUCCUGAUAUAAACCUUCAAACAAGUCACGAGCUCACGAAUUUCUGCCAUAUUUUGGAGUGUGAAGUUUUUCUUGAUUUCAAACCAUGGAGUAAAUGGCUAUUUCUGGUGAAGAUACAUACUUUUCCAGUGGGAAUAUAGUAUUCUGAGUGAUGCUAAGAAAGAGAUCCAGAGUAACAAGUAGUAAGCAAGCUCUAAUGGCGGACUAUAGCGCAAUUCUAUCUCCAACGAAAAAAUAUAAAAAACCCAGUUCUUUUCCAAGGUUGUUCACUGGCUUCUCCUUCAAGAAUUUCUCUGAAACAGCCGAGGCUGUCAUGAGCCCAACUUCAAUUCUCGAUAGCAAACCCUUCUCUGGGCUCAAAAACCCUUUCUUGCCUGACCUCCCCACCCCUAAAACCCCAGACUCGGAGACCCGGCGUACCUGGGACAAGCUGGACUCCAAAGGCAUUGGCCUUGGUAUUAUUGAUGCUCUUAAUGAUGAUAAAACUGACCCCAAUUUGUCAAAACCUGAAAGCAGAAUGGUUCUAUUCGGGUCACAGUUAAAGAUCCAAGUUCCCCCUUUGCCUCCCUCAUUUCAUUCACCAACUGAAUCUCCCAAAUCACCUGCUGAUUUUGGCACCAAAACAAGGAAUUCUCAAUUGGGUUCUUUCUCUUCUGGGUUCUCUCAUUCUCCAGCUAAGAAAUCAGCAUGCGGUUCAGCCAAUUCGGGUAUGGAUACACCAAACUCACCACGUGUUUUCGCCGGUUGUCUCUCUGCAACUGAGAUGGAGCUCUCUGAGGACUACACUUGUGUGAUCUCAUAUGGACCUAACCCAAGAACUACUCAUAUAUUUGACGAUUGCAUUGUUGAGAGCUGCUGUGGUAUUGUUGAGUUUUCUGAUUCGAGGGCAGAGACUGCUAGGUUUUUGGGCAAUGGAUCAAGUUAUUCAUCAGGGAAUUUCUUAAGCUUCUGUUACGCUUGCAAGAAGAAUCUUGGGCAGGGAAAAGACAUUUACAUGUACAGAGGUGAAAAAGCAUUUUGCAGCCGGGAAUGCAGGCAGCAGGAGAUGCUAUUAGAGGAGGGAAUAGAUAAGCUGGACCCUGAAGAUAUCUAUGGAACUUGUUUAUGAAAUCUCUAGCUGUUAAUACUUGCCUUAAAUGGCCACCCAAAAACUAAACCAACUAUUUCCAUAAGGGUAACUUUGUUCUAGUAAUGUUAUGAUCAUCCAAUUUUUACAUCAAAAUGAAGACAGAUAAGAUUAUGAAUAUUAUUAUUAAGCAUAAUCAAAGAUGGUUCUUGAAUCUGUUUUUCUCUUUUAAUUUCCCUUUUGCUUAAUUUGAGGGAUUGAAAGGCUGAAAGCCUGAAACUAUUUGUAGAGUUGGAUUUUUGUUUAAUUUUUAAUUGAUAAUAUUAUUGGGUGAUUGCUGUA